UCUCGUGUAGAACUGCAGACACCACUAAAUGCGAGUACAACAGAGAAGAGAGGGGAGAUGUCUCGUGUAGAACUGCAGACGCCACUUAAUUUGUGUACAACAGAGGAGAGAGGGGAGAUGUCAAGUGAAGAACUGCAGACACCACUAAAUGCGAGUACAGCAGAGGAGAUGUCUCGUGAAGAACUGCAGACACCACUUCAUGCGAGUACAACAGAGAAGAGAGGGGAGAUGUCUCGUGUAGAACUGCAGACACCACUUAAUUUGUGUACAACAGAGGAGAGAGGGGAGAUGUCAAGUGAAGAACUGCAGACGCCACUUAAUGCGAGUACAACAGAGGAGAUGUCUCGUGAAGAACUGCAGACACCACUUCAUGCGAGUACAACAGAGAAGAGAGGGGAGAUGUCUCGUGAAGAACUGCAGACACCACUUCAUGCGAGUAGAACAGAGGAGAGAGGGGAGAUGUCAAGUGAAGAACUGCAGACACCACUUCAUGCGAGUACAGCAGAGGAGAGAUUAAGUUCUCCCCAAGCAUCUUCCAAACAUGUGAGGAGGUAUCUACGAAGGACGAAAGAGCCCUUGUACAUUUGCCCUACGUGUGGCACGCAAAUAUUCACGGAACAAGGAGCGAAACAACAUGCCAAGAGGCAUACAGAGGCGGCAUGCAAGUAUCAUUGUGUUCAAUGUUCUAAAAAGUUUAUUGUAAAAUCAGAGUACACAAGGCAUGCUUGUAUGACAAAAGGAGAAGUGUACAAAUGUCAGCAGUGUCCUGCAGAGUUUAACUCGAAACAAGGACUUCGGCUACACGAGUCAUCCCACACAAGGAAAACUGUUACAUGCAAGGAGUGUGGGCAACAGUAUGAUUCGUCAUACAGACUGAGGUAUCACUAUAAAAAAGAACAUGAGUCACCGAUAAAGAAAUCGUGUCGCUUCUGUCACAAAGAACUAAGCACAAGAUCUGCUAGGAAGAGACAUGAACCAGUCUGCAAAGACAAUGACAAAACAAAGCCAGCGUUAUACAAAUGUGACCAUUGUUCGAAACUAUUCAGAACAAAAUGGAACCUGGCAAGACACACGGGAACACAUACGGAGCACAGGGAGUGUGCAAUUUGCAACAAAGCUUUUAAAAAUGAUCAGCAGCUUAAUGAACACAUGGUAGUACACACGGGGGUGCAAUGCACCGUUUGCAAAAAAUACUAUAAGGAUGAUCAUUCUCUGAACAAGCACAUGAAUAAGCAUCAUAGCGUAUAAUUCAGAUAGGAUAUAAUCACUCUCAACAUUGAU